AUGGUAAUAGAUGAACAAAAUGGAACUGAAUCAGCUAUUACUAAUGGCCCUGUACAUGAAUUUGAAAUACAAGAGGUUACUAAAGCAGGUUUCCCAAAAGCUGAGCCAAAACAAUUUUUGUUAUUGAAAAUUUUAGGCCAAGGAUCUUUUGGUAAAGUAUUCCUUGUUAAAAAGCUUGUUGGUCCUGAUGCAGAUACUUUGUAUGCUAUGAAAGUAUUGAAGAAAGCUACUCUUAAAGUUAAAGACAGACAUAGGAGUAAAUUUGAGAGGGAUAUAUUAGUUGAAGUUAACCACCCUUUUAUCAUCAAGUUGCAUUAUGCAUUUCAAACAGAAGGGAAACUUUAUUUGAUAUUGGAUUUUUUAAAAGGUGGAGACUUGUUUUCAAGACUAAGUAAAGAAGUUAUGUUUACAGAGAGUGAUGUACAGUUUUAUCUUGCAGAAUUGGUACUGGCAUUAGGCCAUUUACAUUCUUUAGGCAUAAUCUACAGGGACUUAAAACCAGAAAAUGUUCUUUUGGGUGAAGAUGGUCACAUCUGUUUGACUGACUUUGGUUUAAGUAAGGAGUCUUUAAAUGAUAAAGCAUUCUCUUUCUGUGGAACAGUUGAAUACAUGGCUCCAGAAGUUAUCAAUAGGCAAGGACAUUCUUUUGCUGCUGAUUGGUGGUCUUUUGGUGUUUUGAUGUUUGAAAUGCUUACUGGAUCCCUUCCUUUUCAAGGACCUAAUAAAAAAGAAACAAUGACUAGUGUAAUGAAAUCUCGAUUACUAAUGCCGGAAUAUUUGAGUGAGCCUGCUCAAAGUUUAUUGCGUGCUCUUUUUAAAAGAAGGCCUGCCAAUAGAUUAGGAUCAGCCCAAGAGUUACAACAGCAUCCUUUUUUUUCUUCUAUUGAUUUUGAUGAAUUGUACCGUAAAGAAAUCCCUCCACCUUUCAUUCCAGCUGUACCUUUUUAUUUUAAAGAAGUAACUGGAAUUGGAGUACCCCUUGAUUCUCCUGGUGAACCCCCUAGUGCAGCAGCUCAUGCAGUUUUCAUGGGAUUUAGUUAUGUGGCUACAGAUUUGUUAGAAGAAAGUACAAGAACUUCAAACAAAGUUCAAAAAUUUGACUAUAAGACAACAUUUUUUGAGGAAUAUAAAAUGGGUUCAACUCUUGGUUUUGGUUCUUAUUCUAUUUGUCGAAAGUGUGUACAUAUUUUAACAAAUAAGGAAUUUGCUGUGAAGAAAUUUUCUACUGAAAUUAUUCAAAAAACUGGUAGAGCUUGUAGUGAAGAAAUUAAAAUAUUGUUUAGACAUGGCCGGCACCAGAACAUAGUUACUUUAUAUGAUGUAUUUGAAGAUGAAGAAUGUUUCUACUUAGUAAUGGAACUUUUGCAAGGAGGGGAACUUUUGGAAAGAAUUAUGAAACAAAAGUUCUUCACAGAAAAAGAUGCUAGCUGUGUUUUUAAAGUCAUUAUGCAAACAAUUUAUUAUUUACAUGAAAAUGGCGUUGUCCAUAGAGAUCUCAAACCCUCAAACAUAAUGUAUGCCAAUUCUUCUGGUGAUCCUCAGUCGUUGCGCAUUUGUGAUUUUGGCUUUGCAAAACAAAUGAAAGCCGAAAAUGGCUUGCUAAUGACUCCCUGCUACACAGCAAAGUUUGCUGCUCCAGAAGUCUUAAACAAGCAAGGCUAUGAUGAGGCUUGUGAUAUUUGGAGUAUGGGCAUCACAUUGUGUACCAUGUUAACAGGCUAUACUCCGUUUGCGACUGGAAUUGAAGAUAAUGUUCAACAAAUAUUAAUGCAUUUAGAAGAUGGAAACCUCAUAAUGAAUUCAGGUCCCUGGACUCGUGUUUCAGACAUCGCAAAAGAUUUAAUAAGAAAAAUGCUGAACAUGAAUCCGAAGAAGAGAAUUUCUGCAUCAGAUGUUUUGAAUCAUCCUUUUAUUAGGACACCACACUUUCUUCCUAAUACUCAGUUGAAAUUUCAAGAUAUUGAAACAGUAAAAGGGGCUGUUAAGGUUACAUUUGAAGCAAUGAGGAUAUCACCCAAGCCUUUAAAACUUUUGCCAGUUGAAGCAUCAGAGUUAGCACAAAGACGCAAAACCAGAAGACGUCUAGUGGUGUGA